AGCUCUUCACUUCUCCUUCUUCUGGCACUGUAGCUUACCAAUCUGCAAAAAUGAAUCAAGGGACACUGCUCUUAAAGAACAUGUCCUUCAAGGUGGGACAGACUCUGACGCUGGUGGGAACGGCCAAAGCAGACGCCACAAAUUUUGCGGUGAACAUUGGCCCAGAUGAGAAGGACGUCACCAUGCAUAUAAACCCUCGCUUCGAUGCGCACGGAGACCAGAACGUUGUGGUGUGUAACUCGUACCAGGGUGGUGUCUGGUGUGCUGAGCAGAGGGAGACCAGCUUCCCCUUCACGGUUGGGGGAGAGUUCAAGAUCAGCAUCACAUUUAACCCGGCUGAGUUCCUGGUGGUUCUCCCGGAUGGCUCCUCCUUCACAUUCCCAAACCGCAUGGGCCUGGAAAAAUACUCUGUGGUGAACGUAGAUGGAGACGCACGCAUCACCACCAUUGAGAUCAAAUAAAGUCUCACUUUUUAUACACAUGUCUUGCUUUAAAACGCCAUAGGAAAGUGUUAUGCAAAGUUUUACAAUGUUUAAUUUGAUCUGUGAUCGAAAGGAGCUCGAAACUACUAUAGUUAAUUUCGUAUUUGAUUGAUUGAUUGGUAGUCUAACCUAAUCAUUAUUAUUGUCCUACUUCAAAGUAUAUCAGAGUAUGACAAAAAAUGUUUAGUAAUCUUUUGAUAACUUACUGUUUGUUUGUUUUUUAAUAAAAAUUCAAAAUUUGUCAAAAUUUCAGAUGGAGUGCAGAGGGCCUGUAUAACUCUACUUGUUAUUGCUUAAAAUCCAAAAAUGUCUUUUUUUUAUGCUUCUAAACUGGGUCUAUGUUGUUUGCUAACAUUGUCUACUGUUACUGUUACUGUGUUUUUGGCAGACUAGGUAAAUUUGCAGCCUUCUGGUCAAAAUUAUAAAAAUGGGUGUGGUGACAUCACAAAAGACUGCCCUGAUUAAAGCCAGGUGUUUCUGAUUACAAACACCUGGCUGCAGGGGUGGAGCUUGAAGUGUGGAUACCUGUUAUGGUGUUGCUUAUACUGUUAGACCACGCCCCUCCAGGUCCUGCCCGGUUUAGUAGCGCUCUUUGAAAUGCGAUUGUGGUUUAGGUGUUCAGUUUCACUUAAAUGAGAAGAUGUUGGGCUUUUUCAUGUGGAUAGGACCCAAGAUUAGCCAUAAAGCAGGAGAAAACACAGAUUCUAGAUCAAGUUUAAAAUAUAGGGAGUUUUGUAUGUUGUCAUAUGAAAGAGUAUCGCUACCUGUUACUGUUAAUUGGUGCUACUGCAAUUGUAACAGUAUUAAAACAUUCUCCAUUUGUAACUGUAUUAACAUAUUCUGUAACAGUAUUAAAACAUUCUGCAUUUGUAACUGUAUUAACAUAUUCUGUAACAGUAUUAAAACAUUCUGCAUUUGUAACAGUAUUAACACAUUCUGCAAUUGUAACAGUAUUAAAACAUGGUCAAAUUGAAU